GCCCAAUCGGAGCGCAGGUACCUCCAUAGGCACAGUACCUAUGUACCUACAUAAGUACAUAUGUGGUUCUUAGGCAUGUACAUACAUAGGUACAUGCAGUGCAUGAGCUGUACCCAGGUACUUGCCGGGUAGGCCCUGUCGCAGAGUGUGGCCCCACUCAAGCUAAAGGUAGGAACCACGAUCUGCUUCAGUCCUGUCGAGAAAAAUCGUCGAGCGCAACAUCUGAGAACUUACUGCUUGCAGAGCAGGGCUCUUCGAAGCCCCAAGUCCGCUCUUCCUUGCCGGCUGUCGUAGCUCCUUACAACCUCUGUACGCGUGCAGUCUCGCAGGAACUAAUGGCGUCCUUAGUGCCUCAAUGCCGGGGUUUCACGCACCCGCUCGUACUUCUUGUGCGAAGCACCCUAAGGCCAGGAAGGUCGCUGGAGCCUUCAGCCCGAAUAACGACAUGUUCGCCGUCUCUCUUCCUCACAGGCCCAUCCCGGAGCCAGAGAUGCCUCUCGUUAUCUCGUGUCCUUUUCAAGGCAGCUAACACAGCCGACACGAAGAAGAAAACGCCUCCCACAACAAACAAGCCACCCGCUGCCGACUCGCUCGCUAGUAGAAUGAAACGUAUCCCCCCAUUGAGCUACGCCCAGCAGCUUGCCUUGAGGGCCACCCCAACAAUAUUAUACGAAACUGCGCCACAGACCGGAUUCCUAUUCUCGAGCUAUGGGGCAGCGUUUUUCUGUAUGGGCUCCGCUGCGAUUAAUAGUUGGCUCAAUGUCUUCAACCUACCUCCCGGCAUCUCGCCCUGGGUCUCGACUGGAUUCGGCGUCAUCAGCUUCCUCUUUGCCACUUUAGGCACAAUAUUUGCCUUGCGGCCCAGCUAUAUGAUCCACUCGAUCAAGCUUCUUCCCUUUUCAUCUUCGCAGCGGCAAGGAGUAGGGCCACUUCCCUCAGGAGUGACGCUUGAGGUUGCCGCUAGGCACCCUGCGCCUUUCCCGUUGCCACUCAAGCGCUUCCAGGUAAAGCCAGAGCAAAUCGUUCUAGUAACCAGGCUGCUAAAUCGCCCUGUGGUUCUUUCCGAGCAGCAGAGGAUUGCAAAGCAACAGGAGGAUACUAGGCGCAGGAAAGAAGCACGCGAAUAUGAGCUGAAUCAUCUGAUGACAGCCCCUUUCCGUGAUGCGGGUAGAGCUUCUUCAACCCUUUUUGGUAACAUACGUCGGGGUUUGACUGGCGAAGGGUUUUCACCAAUAUUUAUCAAUGGGGUGCAGUACAAGCUAGAUUCCAAUGGAAGUUAUGCCCAUGAGGGCGGUCUCGCCCUCGACCGGCUCGUGAAGAUUGAGCCCGAUCCAGAACUGGCCCGUUCACGGUCGAAAAUAGAAUGAUGAAAUUGUGUUAUCUAUCAGCACACCAUCGAAAAUCCGGGUUACACAAGUUCAGCUGUAUGAUAUUUUAUACUUCCUAGAUACAUGAGCCACGACUGCCAUGAGGCACGCAUAGUUUAUGGCCAUAAGAGUGUAGAUAAAUUAACAUUACCGUAAUAUUGACCACCACCGUAGAAUAGCUGCC